AUGGCUGUUAUCAAAUUGUUCGUCUUGGUACAGUCUCUGGUCUGGUCCUUGGCGUCUGCCGAUGCGUCAAACCUGAACCCCAAUGGUGACGGAUGUGUCGACCCAAGUGGCUAUCUCCAGUGUUACGAAAACAAUGUGAACACACUGAAAACGUGCAUGACUUAUGCAAAGAAUAAUUGCGAGGGGGAUGUAUACACAACAUGUGUGCUGGCCUGUGGAAAUGCUCAAUUGGCUGCGAAUAUCGGCUGUUGGUUGACGAGCUGCUGGAAUGAGGUUUAUUCAUGCGCAUACCAAGAAACGGCCCUACAAUACCUAAAUGGCGCUGAUCGGACCCAAGGCGACCAAAUCCCUUACUAUCCUGCACCGGAUAAUGCGCCUGGUGGAUGUGGUUACAUGUGGGGGAACUUCACCGAGACCUAUGCCCUGAAUGCACCUUGCGAGAACUACGCCAUGGAUGGUUCUGUUUCCGAGACGGCUAGCUGCCAGUGCUGCUGGGACUCAUCAUUUUUGUCUGAGUUUAUCGAAUGGUGUCCCAAUAACGACCUCUCAGUUAUCGAUAUUGACCUGAUGGUCGAAACCUUUCAACUUGGUUACAACGAGUCCGCAUCUGACGAGUGCUCAAUUCUUUCUGAUCCUAAACAAUGUGUUUCCUCUUUCACUUUGGACACUGGUGCGUCUACAUGGUAUAAUCCAGGCCAGCUUCCCUCGGGCUUUCCUGGAACAGCACCUCUCUCGGAUACUACAGAUGCUGGAAGCAUUACUAGUGCUCCAGAUCCGUACACGUUCUCGAUCUUCCCAAGCUAUGUCACCGUCAUUACCCCGGCUCCAUAUAACAAGAAGAACGUUGAGACGACAAACACGGAAACCACUGGUGGAACCGCGGCAACUGCUACGGGACAGGGCACCUCUUCGCCUAGCACUAGCAAGGGAGCGGCUGCAAGCAACCUUGUAUCGCCUAUUAGCGCCAGUGUUGGUGUCUGGGGUCUAGCUUUGUACACAAUUGCCUGCGCUCUGUUUGGUGCAGCGUUGAUUGCGUAG